AUGCAAACAGAGGGUCUCACUCCGCAUAAAAGCAAAGAGGACUUAUCAAGCCUCGAUGAUUCUCUGGGACGAGAUGUAGAGGCACUGCAGCAACUAGAAAAAGGGCCGAGGCCAGGGCUACCACAAACGCAGGCACAAAUUGGAUACGUGGAAUUCAAUGGGCCUGGUGACCCCGACAAUCCCAAGAAUUGGAGCGCUAAGAGAAGGUGGGCAAUCACAAGCUCUAUGGGGUUUCUCGUCUUUACGGUCACAUUUGCAAGUUCUGUUUUCAGUGUGAAUAUCGACGUUGUGCGCGAGAAGUUUGAUGUAUCGAUCGUAACAGCAACGCUGGGGGUCUCUCUCUUUGUCCUGGGUUUCGUAUUUGGCCCUGUUAUCUUCGGUCCCAUGUCAGAGGUGCUCGGGCGACGCGUCCCACUCCUGUUGGGUUUCCUCAUGUUCGCUAUAUUUCAGAUUCCUGUUGCAGUUGCGCAGAACAUGGCCACGAUAUGCGUCGGUCGCUUUAUAUCUGGAUUCUUUGCUGCUUCACCCCUGUCUGUUGUGGGUGGGGCUCUGGCAGAUCUCUGGGAUCCUAUUCCGCGAGCAUAUGCUAUCUGCAUCUUCGCUGCUGGAGGGUUUGCAGGACCGGUAGCAGGCCCUAUUGCAGGUGGAUUUAUCACGGCGUCACCGCAACUUGGAUGGAGAUGGACAAGCUGGAUAACUUUGAUUAUUGCUGGGUUUUUCGGCAUCAUUGGCUUCUUCGUCAUUCCUGAAACAUCACCCGCGAGAAUCCUGCAGCUCCGCGCCGCGAGACUGCGGAAAGAAACAGGCAAUCCGGAAUCUCGAUCCAAGGCCGACGAUGAGCAGUUCACACUUGAUACAAUCUUGUCUGUGUACUUGGUGCGACCAUUCAAGAUGUUUAUUGAAGAACCGAUUCUCUCUCUUGUUACGGCCUACAUGAGUUUUCUCUAUGGUAUCGUCUAUCUUCUCUUCGAAGCGUACCCUAUAUCCUUCAUGGUCGAGCGCGGCUGGCGCCUUCAGAUCUCUUCCCUCCCAUUCACUGCCUUUAUCUUUGGUAUCCUGCUCGGCGCAGGCAUAAUAGCCUACUCAACAGCUACAAACUUCACGCGCUCCUACAACCUUCACGGCCGGUGCAUUCCGGAGGAGCGCCUUCCACCCAUGAUCGUAGGCGCUAUUGCCCUUCCGAUCGGCCUCUUCUGGUUUGCUUGGACAUCUAAUCCCCACAUAAUCUGGGUACCACAGGUUCUCUCUACGGCGCUGAUCGGUCUCGGCUGCAUGGUACCUUUUUGGCAGGGCAUGUCCUACCUCAUUGACUGCUACGGAUUCUACUCGAACUCUGCAAUCGCAGUAAACACAUUCAUCCGAUCGAUAUUUGGGGCCUUCUUUCCCCUCUUCACACAUGUUAUGUACACGCGAUUAGGUGUUGCGUGGGCUACAACUAUCCUUGCCAUUCUGUGUACAGUAUUUGCGCCGGUCCCAAUAUUCUUCUACAUUUACGGAGCACGGAUUCGGGAAAAGAGCAAGUGGGCGCCCACAGAAAUGUAA